GACUUAUGUUUGAAGUAAAUUCAACAACUUGCAUUUCAUUCAGUCGUUUUUAACUUGGAUUAGUUUUUGGGGAUAGGGUAAUAUUAUGAUGUGUGAAAAGAUUAAUUUUAUCACGAGACCCGAGUAUUCAUGAAAGUCCAUUGAUUCUCAACUCAUACAGGGGUAUUCGUUGGUUAGGCCUAUGUGGAUGAAAAGAUUUUUGGUUCAAUGGACACCAGAAUAUAGCUGAUCUAUUCUUUUUUUUACAACGGUGAUCUGUUUCUAUGAUUUGCUAUAUGAGGAAAACCAUAGAACACGUGACGGUCGAUUGCCAGGAAAACGUCCCUAGCCUACGAGUUGACACUGGCGCUGAAUAUACUCAACCUCUAAGAUAUUAAACGCUUCGGAAGUACAGGUCCCGCGACCACAUAAAAUUCUAACUAAAUUCUAAGACACUGAAAAUGGAAGCUUCAGCAAGGUCAAAUAAGGAGGAACGACAAGAAGCACUAACAUGAUUGUUGCUCUGAGUCUCCCAUUUCAAGAAUAGCAAAAACUUAAAAAUAAAUAUGCUGGAUCAAGUUAACUUUAAAAAAUCAUCGGUAAACAAACUUAAGAUUUCUUAAGAUUUAUACAUUUGUUUUAUUUAUGUAAUCACAAAAACAACAAACUCUAAUUAAACCACGUCCUGAAGUUUGAACUGGUGUUCGAUUACAUGCACAUAUGUUUAUUGCAGAGGACUCAUAUGAUGAUAUUAACAUCGUCGUUGAUUUCAUUCGAAGUGGCUAUGUAAACCGUUUCAAAGGGAAAUUUACAGCAUGAGUGGCGCGCGGGAAAACAAAGCUUAUAACGAUGAAGAAGAAUUGCAAAACCCAACAGGAGCAGAUUUUAAACACAAUAAAAUACAGGCUAAUAAGAAUGCGGGGACUUACAAGGCAUUAAAAGUACGCAAAUCUGUUGGAAUUUUGGGUGGUGUUUCCCUCAUUGUUGGUACGAUGAUAGGAAGUGGAAUAUUUGCGUCAUCCUCGCCCGUGUUUGCCAAUGCUGGGAGCGCAGGAAUGUCUAUGUUGAUAUGGUCAUUUUGUGGUGUUUUGGUGUUGCUGAUAUCUUUGUGCUAUGUGGAGUUAGGGACUAUGAUACCUCGUUCUGGUGGCGAAUACCACUAUUUAAGAGAAGCUUUCGGGAAUGUUCCUGUUUUUUUAUUGGUGUUUUCGUCCGCUGUUUUGUUACGGCCAGCCGGGUUAGCAGCGGUUUUAUUGACCACUGGGAAUUACUUAACCGAAGUGUUUUUUCCUGGAGAAUGUAACGAUAUUAGAACUAAGUUGUUGUUAUCAAAAGUGCUAGCAGCUCUCUUUUUAGGUAUUAUAGUUUUCGUAAACUGCGCUAGCGUACGCUGGGCAACUUCAGUCCAAGUUAUCUUCACAGCUACAAAAUUAUUAGCCAUAGUGAUGCUAAUUAUAACCGGGUUUGUCCGACUUGGUCAAGGCCAUAACGACAGUUUAAAGGAUGCAUUUAACGGAACAAGUAAAAGCAUAUCAGACAUUGGUUAUGCUUUCUAUGGAGGUUUAUGGGCUUACGAUGGCUGGAAUAAUUUGAAUUACGUUACAGAAGAACUUAAAAAUCCCAUCCGAGAUUUACCACUGGCUAUCAUGAUAGGCAUUCCUUUGGUGACUGCGUGUUAUGUGAUGGUCAAUAUCACCUACUUGACUGUACUCACUUCAAUACAAAUAGCAAGUUCGAAGGCAGUAGCUGUGACUUUGGCAAAUCAAUUGUAUGGCGUUAUGGCUUGGGUUAUUCCAGUUUUUGUGGCCUGUUCAACAUUUGGUGCAGCUAAUGGCUCUGCAUUCACCAGUGGAAGGCUGGUCUACGUUUCUGCUAGAGAAGGACACAUGCCUAAAUUAUUAGCCAUGGUUCAUACAAAGCGACACACCCCUCUACCGGCGUUAAUAUUUACGUGUAUUAUUGCAUGGAUAAUGUUGAUACCGGAAUCCUCGAACUUUUCAACAUUAGUCAAUUAUUUUAAUUUUGCGGCAUGGACGUUUUAUGGUGGUACAGUAGCAGCACUUCUAUGGCUUCGCAUUCGCCAACCUGAUCUUGAAAGACCGUACAAGGUAUUUAUUGGAAUUCCCAUUGUGGUUUUGUUGUGCUCACUUUAUCUGGUCAUCGCUCCUUUUUACGAUUAUCCGCUUCAAUCAUUAUACUGUCUGCUGUUUAUUUUAUUUGGAAUUCCAGUCUACUUUCUCUUUGUGAAAUAUCAAGUUUUCCCCAAAGCUAUUACUACAGGAUUCGGCUCUUUUGUAGAUAAAAUUACGUACAAGAUACAAAUGUUAUGUGAUCUAUCGAUGCCGGAUGACUUUGAUGAAGAUUAAUCGAACCAACAAAGUGCUACAUGGCACAUGUAGCCACGGUGUAAGCAUGACAACAUGGAGGCAACUCUUAGUGUACAAGUGAAGGCGAACAAUGAAUUAUCCAAAAUUAUACAAGGAUAAUAAAAAUAAAUGUUUUUAUAGCCAGCAAAAAACAUUUUUGUGGUAUACUUAUGUAAAUAUUUUUACCUUCUUAUAUUUUAUUUUUAUUUUAACCUUUUUUAAUUAUUUGCUGUUUUUCUCUCCAUUAAUUUUUUUUUCGUGCAUGUGUUGAACCGUUCACUCUUUUUCUUUUAUACUUUCUGUCAUUUACGCCAUAUUCCAUCCAUCGCAUCACUUAACAUCUUUUGUCUGACUAAUGUGUGUACUUAUAUCUUGUUUGUUCUACCAUAUUUUGUUUUUGUCAUAGUGUUUAUAUCUCUAAUUUCAAUUUAUUUUAACUUUUGUAAAUUUAUUAAAUAAAAAAAGAAUGUGAGAAGAAA